CGUGCGCACACCCGCCGCAGGAGGCUCCGGGACCCGCGACCCCUCGCCCGCUCCCUCCAUGGCCGCACGCCGGCCGCAGGAGCCCGCGGAGCCUCUGCCCGCGGGCCCGGGGACGCUGGGCUCAGGCAGCCCGCGGGCCCGGCCCAGGCUCGGCGGCGUUUUCCGCUGCGUGGAGGACACCUUUGAGAACAAGACGCUGCAGCUGGACGCGUCGGGCGGUGGCCGUCGGAGCCCUCGGGCUGGAGAGCAGUACAGCGGGCCACCUGGCGACCCAGAGGGACCCGGCGAGCCCCGCCGAGAUGACCCGGAGGCCGCGAGUGACCGCCUUUUGAUCAAAGGCGGGAAGAUCGUGAAUGAUGACCAGUCCUUUUAUGCUGAUUUGUAUGUGGAAGACGGUUUGAUAAAACAAAUUGGAGAAAACCUCAUUGUCCCUGGAGGCAUCAAAACCAUCGACGCCCAUGGCCUGAUGGUCCUGCCAGGCGGAGUGGACGUCCACACGAGGCUGCAGAUGCCCGUCCUGGGCAUGACGCCAGCUGAUGACUUCUGCCAGGGGACCAAGGCCGCCCUAGCGGGAGGGACCACCAUGAUACUGGACCACGUGUUUCCCGACACGGGUGUGAGCCUGCUGGCAGCCUAUGAGCAGUGGCGGGAGCGCGCGGACAGUGGGGCCUGCUGUGACUACUCCCUCCACGUGGAUGUCCCCCGCUGGCAUGAGAGCAUCAGGGAGGAGCUGGAGGCCCUGGUCAAGGACAAAGGCGUGAACUCUUUCCUGGUCUUCAUGGCGUACAAGGACAGGUACCAGUGCACCGACGGCCAGAUGUACGAGAUCUUCAGCAUCAUCCGGGACCUGGGUGCCCUGGCCCAAGUGCACGCAGAGAACGGGGACAUCGUGGAAGAGGAGCAGAAGCGGUUGCUGGAACUUGGCAUCACCGGCCCCGAGGGCCACGUGCUCAGCCGCCCCGAGGAGGUGGAGGCCGAGGCCGUGUACCGUGCCAUCACCGUUGCCAAGCAGGCCAACUGCCCCCUGUACGUCACCAAAGUGAUGAGCAAGGGUGCGGCCGACAUGGUCGCCCAAGCCAAGCGCAGGGGGGUGGUCGUGUUUGGGGAGCCCAUCACCGCCAGCCUGGGCACCGACGGCUCCCACUACUGGAGCAAGAACUGGGCAAAGGCCGCGGCCUUCGUCACGUCCCCCCCCAUCAACCCGGACCCCACCACCGCAGACCGCCUCACCUCCCUGCUGUCCAGCGGGGACCUCCAGGUGACCGGCAGUGCCCACUGCACCUUCACCACCGCCCAGAAGGCCGUUGGCAAGGACAACUUCACGCUCAUCCCCGAGGGCACCAACGGCAUCGAGGAGCGGAUGUCUGUGGUCUGGGAGAAGUGUGUGGCCUCAGGGAAGAUGGAUGAGAAUGAGUUUGUCGCUGUGACCAGUACGAACGCGGCCAAAAUCUUCAACAUUUACCCGAGGAAGGGGCGUGUGGCUGUGGGCUCUGACGCCGACCUGGUUAUUUGGAACCCCAGGGCCACAAAAAUCAUCUCUGCCAAGAGCCACAACCUGAACGUGGAGUACAACAUUUUUGAAGGCCUCGAGUGCCGAGGGGCCCCCACGGUGGUCGUGAGUCAGGGCAGGGUGGUGAUGGAGGACGGGAACAUGUUCGUCACCCCCGGGGCCGGCCGCUUCAUCCCUCGGAAGACGUUUCCCGACUUCGUCUACAAGAGGAUAAAGGCGCGCAACCGGCUGGCGGAGAUCCACGGUGUGCCCCGAGGCCUAUACGACGGGCCUGUCCACGAGGUGAUGGUGCCCGCCAAGCCGGGGGGCGGUGCCCAGGCCCGCGCGUCCUGCCCAGGGAAGAUCUCGGUCCCACCGGUGCGCAACCUGCACCAGUCGGGGUUCAGCCUGUCUGGGUCCCAGGCGGACGACCACAUUGCGCGACGCACGGCUCAGAAGAUCAUGGCGCCCCCUGGCGGACGUUCCAACAUCACCUCGCUGUCCUAGGUGUCUGCGUGGGACCCGGCGAGCCAGUGCUGUCCCACCCACGGGGCGGCGGCUGGCCGGGGCUGCUCACCUCACAUAGCUCUCCCUUUG